AUGGCCGCCCCGCAACGCCCGGGCCCCGACCCAGCGCCCCGGCCCCGCGCCCACGCCGCCUCGCUGACCCCGGCCCGGCCCGGCUCGCCGCCUAGCCCCCGCCGGCCUCGCGACGGCCGCAGCCGCGGGAGCAGGAGCACGAGCGGGAGCGGGAGCGGGACGACCGAGGGGAGCGCGCGCCCGGCCUCCGCCGCGCCGCCGCCAUCUUGCCGCGCCGCGCCUCCCCCGCGGGCCUCCCCGCCACGCCGCCGCCGCCCGAGCCUCGGCGCCCGCCGCCCGCCCGCUCGCCCGGCCCGCAGCCCAGGGCGCGGCGGAGGAGCUGAGCUGCAGGCCCCGCGCCCGGAAGGACGCUGCGAGCGAGGCCACGCCCCCGGGCUCUGUGGCCCCGCCCCCUGCCUGCCGGCCCGGCCGCUGCUCCCCGCGGGGACGCGCGGCGCCUGGGAGGACGGAGCGCGCGGCCACGCCCCUAGGCCCCGAGGCUCCGCCCCUCGACUCCGGCGCUCCGCCCCCCUCGGCCUGGAGGCUCCCCGCGAGGACGGAGCGCGAGGCCACGCCCCUAGGCUCCGCCCCCUACGUUUUGAAGCUCCGCCCUUCGACUCCGGAGCCCCGCCCCCUCGGCCUGGAGGCCCCCCGCGAGGACACGCGGCGCUUGGGAGGACGGAGCGCGAGGCCACGCCCCUAGACCCCGAGGCCCCGCCCCUGUGUUUUGAAGCCCCGCCCCUCGGUUUCGGAGCUCCGCCCCCUCAGUCUGGAGGCCCCCCCCCGCGAGGACGCGCGGCGCCCGGGAGAGCCAGCCGGGUUGCUCCCCUGGGAGAGCGGACUGCAAAGCCGCGCCCCCUCGGCUCCGUUGCUCCGCUCUCUCGGCUAUGCAGCCCCGCCCCCUCACCCAGCUGGCUCCUCUCGGCUCCAGAGCUCCGCCCCCUAGCUUGUUUGGCUCCACCCCCAGGCGCCCUAGCCCCGCCUCUUGGCCGCUCGGCUCCGGGGCUCCGCCCCCUUGUUCUUGUGGCUCCGCCCCUUAGACGUCGUAGCCCCGCCCCUAAGCCUGGGCCUGGCGAACGCCUCCUGCCGGCGGUGGGAGGGAGCGCCCUGCGACUGGAGGCCCGGGAGGGGAUGGGGGGAUGGGGGGGAAGGUGCCCCACCGGGUGGGGGUGGGUGUCGAAGGAUCGGGAGAUUCAGGACCCGGGACUGGGGUUCCCGGACACCCUCUUCCUUCCCUGGCCGCUGCUUUCCGUGUCUUCAGCCUUGAAAGCCCGGCUGGGACCCGGUGAGUCACCGUGGCCUGGCAAGGCUGGUGUCCUUGCUGUGCAGGAAGGCCUGGAAUCUGGAAGGGCCAAACAAGGCUGCUGGCUGCUGAAGGAGCACCACAGCACCCGGCGGAGGCAAACUAUUUAUUUGGGGUGUUUUGGAGCAAGCUGGCGGCUCUCUGCCUGGGAUGGUGGCAAGUGGACGAAAGGAAAUAGCCCUACCAGGAGCUCAAAAUUGAACUUCAGAUAA